AUGGUCCUAGAAGCCGGAUACCCGAACACAACAGGUUUCCGCAAAGUCGUCAAAGCAACAAUUCUGGUCAAGAAGAAGCCAGGUCUUAGUGAUGCAGAUUUUAUAUCACAUUACAAUACCAAACAUGCAGAGAUGGCCAAGGAAGUGCUGUUGAAACAUGGGUGUAUAACGUAUAGUCUUACAUAUCACCUUCAACGCGACAGAAACAUAAUGCAAGACAUGCUAAAGGGCAAAGCAAAUCUUCUUCCAUACGACGCCAUCUGCACAUUUGUGUUUCCUGAUUAUAUGGCUUUUGCGAGGUUCAUGUAUGAUCCGGCGAGUAAAGCAUUGACGGGCGACCAUGACAACUUCAUGGUUGAGGAAGAGAUGAAGAUGAUGGUGGGUGAUGAGUUUAUGGUCAUCGAGGGUGGGAAGCUUGUAUGA